UAGAUGAUUACUCCAUACAAGAACGUUCCGAGUCCAUGCACGAAGAUUUUGAUUGCAACCAGGGAGAGGACAUAUUCGACGAACAAUGCUACUUUGAAGACAACUGCGUAGUCGACCAACCUUUCCUGGAUGAAUAUCAAGAUGAUCUACAAGUCAACGAGUACCAACCAGCGAUCAUUGAGAAUAUGGAUAGUUAUUCAAGCCAUGAUUAUGCGGCUCGUCCUUCGUCUUCCUGUUCGUCUUUACAGAGUAGAAAUACCCAUGAUACCGUAACGAGCGGAGGUCAUCGAUUUUUCCAGGGCCGUGCAUUGCUUCUUGGCAUCUCGGCAUAUCGCAAAACGCUUGAGGGACCAUUGGCGACCACAGAAGUUCUGAUAGGAAGCGUCAAGCUAUCACGCGAGGGGUCUUGAUGCAAUGUAGUUCAUUAGUAUGUAGAUUGUCUCCUCUUGGCCAAC